CGGGGCGUGUCCGGAAGGGGGCGGGGCCAGCGCCGCCCGUCGCCGCGGGCCGGGCCGGGCCGGUCGCCGCCGCCAUCGCCGCCAUGGCCUGGGGCGCCUCGCUCGCCGAGUGCCUGCGCGAGUGGGAGGAGCUGCAGGACGGCUACCAGCGCAUCCAGGACAACCACAAGCUGUACAAGCAGAAACUCGAGGAGCUGACCAAGCUCCAGGAUGGGAUCUCCAGCUCCAUAGCCCGGCAGAAGAAGCGGCUGAAGGAGCUGUCGCUCUCCCUCAAAAAAUGCAAACCCCAGGCGACUCCCGAGCAGGAAUCGUCCAUCCAAGAGACCCAGAGCCUGAUUAAAGAGAGGCAGAACGUUUUCUUUGAGAUGGAGGCCUACCUGCCAAAGAAGAACGGGUUGUACCUGAGUCUGGUGCUCGGCAAUGUGAACGUGACGCUGCUCAGCAAACAGGCCAAGUUUGCAUAUAAAGAUGAGUACGAGAAGUUCAAGCUCUACCUCACCAUCAUCCUACUCAUUGUCUCCUUCUCCUGUCGGUUCGUCCUCAACUCCAGGGUGACAGACGCCGUCUUCAACUUCCUCCUGGUGUGGUACUACUGCACCCUGACCAUCCGCGAGAGCAUCCUCAUCAACAACGGCUCCAAGAUCAAAGGCUGGUGGGUUUUCCAUCACUACAUCUCCACCUUCCUCUCAGGUGUCAUGCUGACGUGGCCAGAUGGGCUCAUGUACCAGAUGUUCAGGAACCAGUUUCUCUCCUUCUCCAUGUACCAGAGCUUUGUGCAGUUCCUGCAGUAUUAUUACCAGAGUGGCUGCCUGUACCGGCUGCGAGCGCUGGGAGAGAGGCACAACAUGGAUCUGACUGUGGAGGGCUUCCAGUCCUGGAUGUGGAGAGGCCUCACGUUCCUGCUUCCCUUCCUCUUCUUUGGGCAGUUCUGGCAGCUCUACAACGCCAUCACCCUGUUCCGCAUGAUCCAGCACCCCGAGUGCAAGGAGUGGCAGGUCCUCAUGUGCGGCCUCCCCUUCUUCAUCCUCUUCCUGGGCAACUUCUUCACCACCCUCCGUGUCGUCCACCAGAAGAUUCAGAACAAGAACCAGGACACAAAGGAGAAUUGAAGUGGGGCAGUGUGGAGGCCUGGACUGUUUCUCCCCACCAGCUCCAUCCCCUAUCCCCCUCUCCUCAAUUCCGUCCGGACUCUGGUGUCUCAUCCCAUUCCUUGGAGGCCUGGAUGUGGGACAGAUCUUGGGGCCUGCUCCUGGACAGUCCAUGUGCUCAGCAUGGGGCUGGAUCCGUGCUGGAGUCGCUCACCUGGAGUCAGGAGCACCCUGCACCUCCUGUUGAUGCUUGGGACAGCCACUCCCCUCCCUUUUCCUGGGAUGUUCUUGGAUGUCCCCACCCCAGUGGGACAGGGCAGUGUCCUGCACUGCCUCACACGGCUCCUGGGCUGCUCGAGGCCCCCCUUGUCCCCCCAGCCCUGCAGCCAGGGCAGCCCCUAUGUGUUGAGGGCACUCCAGGGGUGUCCCAGCUCCUUCCUCACCUUCAGUCCACAGGGAAGGGCUGGGAGCAGCAGGAGCCUGGCCCAGGCCUCUCGCUGGAGCUGUGCAAGCAGCGCCCUGGGCUGGCAUCUCCUGAGGCUGCACGGGUGAAAAUAAAGGGAAGGAGCUGCCCUGGCUCACCAGGACAGUCUGGGAACAGCUUCCACACUCUGCUCUGCAGCUUUGGGUCAUCAGGAAGUGGGUCCUGACACAACCUCCCUGAGAGGAGGGUGGAGGUGGGGGUCAAUAGGACAAUUGUCAAAAUAGGACAAGAGGAAACAGCCUCAGGUUUCACCAGGGGAGGUUUAGAUUGGUUAUUAAG